AUGUUGUCUGCUCCACUUUUAUUACACUGUUUCUUGAUACAGCAGUCAAUUCACUCAACUAACGAAAUGAAAUUUAAUAAGUCAGGAAGGCAUAAAGAGGAAGUUCAGCUGUACUUGCCAGACAACAGACUAGGAGAAAUGGUGCUGGAAUUCAUCAAUUUAAUUUCGGAGGCGUCGAUACUAUAG